AUGCCAAUAUCUCCAACGGCAACUUCUUCCUGGGACAACCUCUUAAAUGCUCUUGCUCGCAGCUCGAUAUGGAAUUGGUUACAAGCACUUUUGUGGGGGAGACUAGUGUGCCUCAAGCCAACAAAUUUGGGGGUACUCGAUAAUCUCGCGCCAGCAGUGCAAAUCAUCCUAGGGAUCUGUUUUUUGAUUUUGUUGGCAAUUGGAUUAUUUUCCUUAUGGAAACGAAGCGUUCGAUCAAUCCAGAAAAUAGUGGUGUUUGUGAUCACUCUAACUCUACCAACUUUACAAAAAGGCUCAGAUUUCUUUCAAGCUUUGCUAGCCAACCCAGAAGGAAGCGUUCGCCAGAAUCAAGACAAUAGUAAUAUCUUCCUGUCUUUGGGUCUGCAAGAGAAAAUCUUGAAAAAGCUUCAGAUGGUGGAGAACAUGAGAGACCUGGAGGGGAUGAUUGUCUCUCAGAAGCCCUGUAAGCGGGAUUGCUCUUCUGAGCCCUACUGCAGCUGCUCCGACUGCCAGAGCCCCUUGCCCACAUCAGGGUUUACUUCCACAUCUGACAUGUGA